AUGGCUCUGCUGUGGCUGCUCUGUGUCCUGCUGGCCCUGGCCGGGCCCGUGGGGGGCUCCUGGGACACCUGCAGCUCUGCUGCUGGCACCGCCCUUGCCGUGGGGGCCGGGGUCCCUUCGGGGGCCUGGCCUGGCAUCGUCAGCAUCCAGGCCACCUGGGAGAACGGCACGUGGCACAUGUGUGCAGGCGUCCUCCUCAGCCCCCGGUGGGUCCUCACGGUGGCACACUGCUUCGCCAGGGCCGGGCACCUCCCCAAGGACUUCUCCGCGUGGGGAGUGGUGAUGGGGGCCACAGAUCUGACUCAGCCGGGCCCCAAGGCUGUGGUGAGACACAUCCAGAGGCUCCUGGUGCACCAGCACUACGUGGCUGCCACGGCGAGGAACGACAUCGCCCUGCUGGAGCUGCAGCAGCCCGUGGAGUGCAGCGACUACAUCCAGCUGGGCUGUGUGCCCGACGCCUCGCUCAGGGUGUCGGAGCUGAAAUCCUGCUACAUCGCCGGCUGGAACCUUGCCAGAGGUCAGUGCUGGGGGCUCAUUCACACGAUUUCGGGAUCAGGCAAUGUUCUGCGGGAGUCCAAGGUCCACCUGAUGGACACGGAGCUCUGCAACAGCAGCCGGUGGUAUUCAGGGAACGUUCAUGCUGACAACCUCUGUGCUGGGUACCCAACGGGCGGCAUCGACACCUGCCAGGGGGACAGUGGGCAUCCCCUGGUCUGCAAGGACAACGCAGCCGACUACUACUGGCUCGUGGGAAUGAACAGCUGGGGAAGAGGCUGUGACAGAGCCAGGCACCCCGGGAUCUACACCUCCACUCAGCACUUCUACAACUGGAUCCUGCUCCAGACGGGCCUGAGACCAGCAGACAUCACCGGGCAAGCACCGGGGCCAAACUGUGCCGCCACUCCUAAGGCAGAGGUCACCUCCACUUCUGCAGAGACCCCAACACCAGAGCCGGUGACAGAGCCAACACCAGAGCCAGAGCCGGUGACAGAGCUGGUACCAGUGCCAGAGCCGACGCCAGAGCUGGUGCCAGACCCGGUGCCAGAGCUGGUGCCAGAGCCGACACCAGUGCCAGUGACAGAGCCGACGACACAGCCAACACCAGAGCCAACACCAGAGCCAACGCCUGAGCCACCGACAGUGCCCGUGCCAGAGCCAACACUAAUGCCAGAGGCAACACCGGUGCCCGAGCCGGAGCCAGAGCUGGUGCCAGAGGAGCCGAAGCCAACACCAGAACCAGAACCAGAACCGGACAGGCUUCUGCUCAUCUCGGUGCCGUACCAGAGCCUGGUGAGAUUCUGUAACCUGCUCCGGGAUUUCUUGCAGUUUCUGAGGGACCAGCUGGACUGACCCCGGCAUGAGCAGACGCAGCUCCGCUGCCGCGGCCCCGGACCGCUCCUGCUGGGACCGCGGGGCCCGAGGCAGCCCCAGCGCCCGGGGCUGCUCCGGCGCUGCCGCCCGUCCCUGCCCGCCCCCCGGGGCUCC